AUAUUUUUCAUAAUUGACGACUUGUCUAGGAUUCCGACUGGUUAAAGCUCUUUUUGGUUCUUGGAGAUACCUUCGAAUUCGGCUAUUUGGUUCAUCUAGAAUGGUCUUACAGUUCGAGGGUGCGAGUUGUCUUCGACAGCGACUUGUUUGUGCGACAUUGUCAUUUAGGGCUAUAUCUAUCAAAAACAUUCGGACUAAAACUCAAAAUCCGGGACUGAAAGAGUAUGAGGUGUCAUUUUUGAAAUUGCUAGAAAAGAUAAGUAACGGGUGUAAAAUAGAGAUCAACACCACAGGAACUUGUGUGUAUUAUAAGCCUGGUAUCGUGACCGGGGGAAAGAUUGAGCAUGACUGUGGGACGGAAAGAGGGAUUGGAUAUUUUUUAGAGGGCUUGAUUUGCAUUGCGCCUUUCUCUAAGGCGCCAGUUAACGCUUUGCUGAAGGGGAUUACCAAUCAUAGCGAUAAUCUGGACAUUUCCGUUGACACUGCUCAUCACGUCACACUGAAUAAUUUGAAGCACUUCGCCAUCGAGGAGGCAAGUAUAAAGGUUCUCAAACGAGGUGCACCUCCGAAAGGUGGAGGUGCAGUGCGGUUUGUUUGCUCCAUUGUGAAGACCUUGAAACCGAUCCGGCUGAUCGACGAUGGCAAGAUUAGGAGAAUUCGGGGAGUCGCUUAUACUGCAAGAGUUUCUGGUCAUGUGUCAAACCGAAUAAUUCAAAAGUCCCGCGAAAUUCUGGGCGAGUAUUGUCCUGACAUAUAUAUAUAUGCUGACAUUAAUGGAGAAAAGGAUGGGGGGAAUUCUCCAGGUUAUGGACUGAUGCUCGUAGCCGAAACAACAACAGGAUGUUUUUUAUCUUACGAAAUGAUGGCUCAAUCUCGUCAGGUUCCAGAGGAGUUUGUGGAACAAGUAACCAAUUUUUUCAUGAUGGAGUUGCUCAGGAGGGGAUGUGUCGAUUCAACCAACCAGGGUACAAUGGUCUUUUUGAUGGCUCUUGCUCCAGAUGUGAGCACGAUCAGACUCGGAAAGCUUUCUCAGUGGACCAUACAAUUUCUGAGGCACAUCAAACAAUUUUUUGGAGUCACAUUCAAAAUCGAGCCAGAUCCAGAGAGCAAAACAUCCAUCUUGACCUGCUUGGGAACCGGAUAUACCAAUCUAGGCAAAAAGACAUUCUAAACAUCCGUUAAUGAUGCACCCUCCUACAGCGCGUUCUUUAAAAAUCGCAGGCCAAUUCCAUAUCAUUUCUCGCGAAAAAACAAAAUCUGGACCCUAAUCCAUUUCUAUUGACUGUAUUGCGAUCAAAACAUUUCGACGAAGUUGCCUCAGUGCAGUCCGAUUCUAUCUCAUCUCUCCACUUCACCGGAACGGCCAACUGAUCUAUCAUAUCCAUGCAGGGCUUCCAUGAAAAGCGUACAACAUUAGGAAACCCAAAUAUCGGAUUGAAGUUCCGUUUCAUCCAAAGUUUUGUCUUGGGGUCGCUCGGAUAUCCAGAUCCCCAAUCUCGGUCUUUGUUUAAUGCCUCAGAUCCAGAAAAUGUCCAGCGAUCCAACACUUGGUCCCGAACCACCUUUGCACAGACACUAGCGGAAGAAACAAUCGAAUAAAGUGCAUCAGCCCGUUUUGAAACAACCACGUUGCUUAUCGUUGGGAAAGAUUGUCUUAUCUUUGAUGCGUAUUUUUCUGGAUUACCUACUGUAUCAACAUAAACCUCCUGCACAUUCGAACCAUUUUCAACUAUCUUGUUUAAUAGAUUCAUAGCAGCCUGAUGCGAAAUUUCGUUCAAGUUGGUAGGCACUCUAUGAGAGGAAUUAAAAGAUGGUCAAAACAAAACGCACAAAACGCGCAAAAAAAAAACAUACUUAUUCGUCAUGAGACCGCAAAUUUCUUCUGCUGUUAUGACCGAAAUAAUGUAGCCAAUUCUGACAAUUCCAGAUUCCAAUGUUUUAAAUAAACUUUCUCUCUUGCUUGGUG